UAACCAUGACUCUUGAACACAUAAUUUUCCUUGCAUCAUCAUAAUUAUGGAGUACACACAACAAAGUGUCUUGCGCAAGUUGCGCAAUCUUUUCUACUAAUCUUGUUUUGAACGAAGAAGGGUCACGAGUAGGUGACACAACAACACCAAGUGGAUGUGUUUCUGCUUACUUAGGAAGUUGAAAACUUUGAACACAACUCUAUAACCGCUUACCAGGGAGACAACCAAAAACCACCCUUCACUUCACACAAAACCACUAACAAAUAUAGAUAAAGGCAAGUUCAAAGGACGGUGUUAUGUUAUCAUCUUUUCUUUUGAAACUGAAACACACUUCACGUAUACCCAGACAGAUAUAGAAACUUUGAGGGUCCCUCUCACUAGAGAGAGGUAAGGUACUACUACAGUACUGUUGUAACUGUACUAAUUAAUCUAUCAUCUGACCCCUUUUAGUGGCAUAGAUUGAGGUACUACAAACGCAUAUUAUCACAAUCUUUCCUUUCCCCAGGUUACACUACAACACCUUUUCUGAUUCAAAUGCCACAAAACCUGAGACUCUUCUAGUUCAAGGGUUACUUACUCCCUUUUUUCUUCUUGUACUUCUUCAACACGGUUUCUUCUACUUCUACUUCUACUUCUCUUUUGUUCUCUCCUUUUGUUAUAUAUUCAUCCACCAUUUUAUUUUUUGUUAUAUAAUUAGGUGGAUGUGACUUGUUUGAUUUUAUUUAUGUGGUUAGGGUUUACAUGCAAAAAAACAAAAAUAAAACAUGUACUUGAAACUUGAUAGAUUCUUUUAUUUUCUUUUGAGAUAAUAAGAUAAGGUUUUGGUUUUCAAGGUUUCUGCUGCAGAGAUAGAUCUGAGUCUUUAGAUUCAAACAAAGUUGAUAUAUCUCAGCUUCUUUUCAAAGCUAUAUCUCUUUCUUUCUCUUUCUCUCUCUCUCAACUCUGAACUUGAAGAUUUUCUUUCAUUCUUCCAAAUCAAAGAAGAUUAUGGCAAAUCGUUGGUGGACUGGAAAUGUGGCUAUGGGUCAUAGAGAAUCAAUGCCUUCAUCACCAUCAUCACUUCAACAUCUGAAAAGAGAGCAAGAGUUGAUGGAAAACAACAACAACAACGCGAACUCAACUCCAACAAACAGCAGCAACAGCAACAACAACAAUAAUGAAGAGGAAGACAACAACAAUGAAGAACAAAACCCAUCUGAGCCAGGCAGUAGCAGUGGUGGUCGGAGGCCACGUGGGAGACCACCAGGAUCCAAAAACAAACCCAAACCACCCAUUGUUAUAACCAAAGAAUCCCCAAAUGCGCUAAGAAGCCAUGUCUUGGAAAUCAGCAGUGGUAGUGAUGUGGCGGAGAGUAUUGCCACCUUUGCUAACCGCCGUCACCGCGGUGUGUCGGUUUUGAGUGGGAGUGGCAUUGUAGCUAAUGUAACCCUUAGACAGCCGGCUGCUCCUGGUGGUGUUAUUACUCUUCAUGGAAGAUUCGAGAUACUUUCACUUUCGGGAGCUUUUCUACCUCCGCCUUCUCCGGCUGGAGCGACUGGAUUAACUGUUUAUUUAGCUGGUGGUCAGGGGCAGGUUGUUGGUGGUUCUGUUGCAGGUCCUUUGGUUGCUUCUGGACCUGUUAUGGUUAUAGCUGCUACUUUUGCUAAUGCUACCUAUGAGAGAUUGCCCUUGGAGGAUGAACAAGGUGGUGGUGAUCAAGAGGAAAUGCAAGUUCAAGUUCAACAAUCUGGUGUGGAUUCAGCAACUGUUGCAGCUGCAGUUACUAGUACUUCUUCUCAAGGUUUGGAAUUGGGUGAGCAUCAUCAACAACUACAACAGGUUUCAAUGCCUAUGUAUAAUUUGCCUCCAAAUUUGUUGCAUAAUGGUACUCAAAUGCCUCAUGAUGUGUUUUGGGGUCCUCCACCUCCUCGUCCUCCUCCUUCUUUCUGAAAGAGUUAGCUAGGAACCUUGUUAAUUAAUCAUGUUUUAAUCUUAAUCUUAAUUACUGACUAAGCUAGUACUUGUGUGCAGUAUGUUCUACUUCUGACUGCUUUUGUUGUAAGAAUAUAUAUAGCAAGGUUAGGGAUUGUUUGUUUUGUUCAUUUGUUUGCUGUUUCUAAGAAACCUUGCAGAAUUAGAUGUUAAUUAUGUUUAGAUAAUUUUGUUUCUCUUGAUCUGUCUAUCUGAUUAUCUGUUUUUUAUUGGAUUAGUUUAACUAUG